AUGGGCCGAGCAAGUUAUCUACUGCUAGCUUCGCUGGCUGUCAGUACAGUCCUUGCACAGUCCGACCUUCAUUCGAAGCGUGGUUUGGCAUAUCACGGUGACGACCACGAAUCCGAUAAUCAACUCCUGACUUCGGAAAAUUCACUCAUCAGCUGGUAUUACACCUGGUCAUCAUGGCCAGCUCAAGGCCUCAACAACUCAAUUGCUUUCCUUCCUCUUAUUCACGGUGUUGACGACGCCAAAGAUGCCGAGCUUAGGCCUCGUCUCAAUCGCCUUCCCGAGUCCUCCACCCACCUCUUGACUUUCAACGAGCCAGAUGGUAGCACCGGGUCUGGAGGCAGUAACAUUGACCCGGAAGACGCGGCAAAGGCCUACAUUGAAAACAUCAUCCCGCUCCGCGAUUCUGAUUCCAGAAGAUGGAACAUCAGCCAUCCUGUCGUCACCGGAUCUCCACAGGGCCUAGAGUGGCUGCGCAAAUUCAACGAGUCUUGCUACGACAUUGACGACAACGGUUGCCCUACGGACUUUGUCGCAGUGCACUGGUACGGUGACGCAAUCGGUCUCCAGAACUGGUUGGGAUCACUGCGGGACUUUUACAACGAGACUUCGCCGGAUCUCAAGUUCUGGAUCACGGAGAUGGCCCUGCCAAAGCAGGACUCGGAUGCCACUCUCGCCAUGAUGAACCAAAGUCUGACGUUUUUGGAUGAUGCCGACUACGUUGAAGGCUAUGCGUGGUUUGGCGCCUUCCGCAAGAAUGAGGCAAACGAGUGGACUGGCGACGAUGUGUCGCUGUUUGACAAUGACGGAGGCCUGACUGAGCUUGGCGCAUUGUACCUGGGAGGUGAUGAGCGAGGUUUUGCAAAGGGCCAGAAGGGCAGCUUCGCCAGCUCCGUUUUCCCUACCAGGCUGCUGCUCUGGACCGCCAUGUUGGCGGCUGUUUUGGCAGUUUGGUAA